AUUUCUAACCUCACAAUGCAUCACUCUCACCCUAAGGUGGCCGCCCCGCCACCACCGGAUGCGAGUGGUGGUGCCGUCGAUAUCUCCGACGGUAAGCGCGGGAAGAAGCGUGGCAAUUACAAUUGUGGCCGAUGUGGCCAACCUAAGAAAGGUCACGUCUGUAACGUGAAAACUCCCAUCUCUGCCGCCGUCACCGCCGUUGCCACCGCCAUAUCAACCGAUUCGUCUCACUAUGCCGUUUCUGCAUCUUCCUCCGCAUCCGCGCUCCGGAAGGCGGCGCCGUCUCGCCUCCGCCGUGCCCUGUCAUUCGAUGAUUUCGAUGACGGUGGUGCUGCCAUUUCCAGCGGAGGGAUCGAUGCGUCGGAAAUGGAGGAUAGAACGGUUGGUGAUUCGUUUGCGGACGCUGAUGAUGAUCUAGAUCUGAAAAUGGAUCUGGAUUUGGAUUUGGAUUCGUGCGGUUUGCCGGCGAGUCUCCGGUGGGAGGUGCUUCGGAGGCUGCCGCCGGUGGGAUUGUUGGCGGCGGCGCAGGUCUCCAAGGGAUGGAGGGAGACUGCCAAGAGACUUUGGAAGGCGGCGGAGGAGUUGAGACUUAGGGUUCCGGCGAACGUUCACGUCGGUUUUGUGGCAUCGAUGUUGCAGAAAUGCCCUGGGAUCGUGAGGCUCUCUCUUAGAAUGGAAAGUGAUUUUGACUCAACGAUGCUGGCUUGCAUUGCGUUUUCGUGUUCAAAUCUGGAGUAUAUGGAGGUCUCGAUGUCUGAUGGCGCAACCAAUCGGAUCAAUGGGGGUGAGUUAGGCCGGUUUGUUGCUGACAAGAGAAGCCUCAAAUGCCUCAAGAUGGAAGGUUGUUCUAACCUGGGUGGCUUUGUCCUCUGUUCGGCUAGUCUUUCUACCCUUUGGCUGUCAGAUCUGCACUCUCUUUCUAAAAUGGUAUUUAACUGUCCCCAGUUGAGAGAGAUUUCGUUGGAGUUUUCUCGACAAGAAAAUGAUAGUACUGAUCUAACAACUAUGAUUGAAGGAUUGGGCAGAAAUUGUUCAAGAUUGCAGAAUAUACAUAUAGCUGCUUUGAGGCUUUCUCAUGCUGCUGUGCUUGCUCUUACAGCUGCUCAAUUGAGGGGGCUGCGAAUGCUUUCUCUUGUUCUCGGAUCUGAAAUUACUGAUGCAUCUGUUGCUGCUAUUGCUUCUAGCUACCCUAAUUUAGAAUUGCUUGAUCUCAGUGGAUCUGGCAUAAGUGACAGUGGCAUAGGAAUAAUUUGCAAUGUGUUCCCUGAAACAUUGUCAAGACUCCUUCUUGCCCUUUGUCCUAAUGUGACUUCAAGUGGCAUUCAAUUUGCUACUGCUCAGCUUCCGCUUCUUGAGCUUAUGGACUGCGGCAUGACCAUAUGUGAUCCUGAUUCACUUAAUCCAACCACUGAUGAAGACAAUUGCAAACCACAGGAAACAUCCAGCACAAAUAUGCACCUUACAAAUCAAAAGUUAAUUAUCAAACAUAGCCAUUUAAAGAAGCUUAGUUUAUGGGGUUGCUCUGGCUUGGAUGCCCUAUAUUUAAAUUGUCCACAGCUUAAUGAUCUGAAUCUAAAUUCUUGUAGGAAUUUGCAUCCAGAACGACUGCUGCUUCAGUGCCCCACGUUAGAAAAUGUGCAUGCAUCAGGUUGUAAAGAUAUGUUAAUUGGGGCCAUCCAAAGUCAGGUUUGCAAUGCCUUUACUGCUAUGGAGAACCAAUCACCUUCUAAACGUCUACCUGAUGGCUCGAAAAGAGUUCGAGUUCCUUAUUUACUGGAGGAUGAGUGUCCUGAGCCUGAUAAGAAGCGGAGGAAGAUUGAGAGACGGCUUUGUAAUGUGCUUGUGAACUGAUCAUCUCAUGCCCUUUAAUUUCCAAUGUAUACUUGUGCAAUAUAUUGUAUGUUGUGAUUUUUAAGUUUCAGAAGCAUAAUCCCCUUAGUAGCCGGAUAUAAACACGUCAUAUUUUAUUUUAUUUUUUCAUGUUAGGCUCCUUAAUGAAUGCCCUAGAACUGUAUCUCAUUUCAAUUAGAUAAAUGUUCAAGUUGAGCCAUUGUUAUGAACAUAUGGUGACAGCUUCAUUUUCAAUAAAUAAACAUUUUUUCUUA